AUGGGUGAUAUCGUUGCUACAGAUCCGACCAAGCCAAAGGAGAGCGUGUCUUCCACAGUGCAAUGUCCGAUGUUGAAUGCAACAAACUAUACCGUGUUGGCUAUGAGAAUGAAAGUUGCACUCAGAGUCCACAAGGUAUGGGACACGAUCGAGCAAGGAGUUAAAGACGCAGACAAAGAUGACCUAGCUAGAGCACUUCUAUUCCAAUCAAUACCAGAAUCUCUUCUCAUAACAGUCGGAAACCUAAACACCACAAAAGAAGUUUGGGAGUCGAUAAAAACCCGACAUAUGGGAGCAGAAAGGGUAAAAGAGGCUAGGUUCCAAACUCUGAUGUCGGAAUUUGAUCGAAUAAAUAUGAAGGAGACCGAUACGAUUGAUGUUUUCUCAGCAAAACUUUCGGAGAUUUCCACAAAAGUCGCAGCAUUAGGAGAAGAAAUUGAGGAGCCAAAGCUUGUUAAAAAGUUUCUCAAAAGUCUUCCUCGAGGAAGAUAUAUACAUAUCAUUGCUGCCCUUGAACAAGUCCUCGACCUUAACCAGACAAGCUUCGAAGAUAUUGUUGGGAGGUUAAAAGCGUACGAAGAAAGAAUCACAGACGAAGAAGAACAGCAAGAAGAACAGGGCAAGCUCAUGUACGCGAACCAGGAAACACAAGAUUCGCAAAGCAGUGGGAGAGGUAGAGGACGAGGUGGAAGAUUUUAUGGAAGGGGCAGAGGACGUGGUCGCUACGGCAAUCAACAAAACGGAGGAUAUACAGAUAAAUCCAAAGUUGUUUGCUAUAGAUGCGAUAAAACAGGACAUUAUGCGUCGAAUUGUCCUGAUAGGAUGCUUAAACUCCAAGAAGCACAAGAAACAGAUGACAACAAAGAUACACAAGAAGCCGAGCAGAUGAUGAUGCACGAGGUUGUAUACCUUAAUGAAAGAAACGUCAAACCCAACUGUUUUGAGACAAGUUCCGAUGGUGAUCACAUCUGGUACCUGGACAAUGGGGCCAGCAAUCACAUGACUGGUGAUCGAACUUAUUUCAAAAGGCUAGACGAGACAAUCACUGGAAAGGUACGGUUCGGUGAUGAUUCCCGCAUCGACAUCAAGGGCAAAGGGGCGAUUCUGUUUAUAACCAAGAAUGGUGAGAAGAAGAUAUUGGCAGAUGUCUACUAUAUACCAGGUCUAAAGAGUAACAUCAUCAGCCUUGGGCAGGCUAUUGAGUCAGGAUGCGACGUGAGAAUGAAAGAAGAUCAUCUAACCUUGCAUGAUUGUGAUGGAAGACUCUUGGUUAAGGCACAUCGAUCUCGUAACAGAUUUUACAAGGUUCGAAUGGAGGUUGAAGCUACAAAGUGUUUACAGCUUAUGGAUCUAAACGAUUCUACAAGAUGGCACGCGAGACUAGGACAUAUUGGGUUGGAAAACAUGAAGACCAUGAUGAAAAAGGAGUUAUUGGAAUACCAAAUCUAA